AUGGCCUCAGCAUCGGCUUCUCUCCUCAAGUCAUCUCCCGUUCUUGACAAGUCUGAGUGGGUUAACGGCCAGACCAUCAUCUGUCAGCCCUCUGUCUCUGUUGUUAGAUGCCACCCCAACGCCCCUUGUGCUCUUACCAUUCGUGCUGGUUCCUAUGUUGAUGAGCUCGUCAAAACUGUGGUGCUGAGUUCAAGUUCCAUUCUAGGAGUUGCCUUGGGAGAUAGUUGGAUCUCUCUAGAGGAUUUUGUGCUUUCUUGGGGUCCUCUGCUUAAGGAUGUCUCGCGGCUUGAUAACAAUGGUUUGGAGAAAUCAAACAGUCUGGGUCAAAAGAUUAAGCAGCAACUUGAAGAUGGUCAAUUUGUCGAUGCCACAAAUUCAUGGAGUGAACUUGAAGAAGUGAUUAAUGCUAGCAGCAGGUCCGUGGUUUUUUACAAUUUUUUACUGGAUUCGGGCAUGGACCGAUAUCACUAG